AUGGUGAUCAAAACCACACCGCAGAUUCUGAAGCGGAUCAGUAUUCGCUGGCCACCAGAUCCGGCCUCUGAAGAAACGGAGACCAUCGCACUGAAUGUUGAAGGAUAUUUUAUGGACUUGCGCGUGACACUGGCAGACAGCGCUCUCCAGUGGAGUCGAGCAGGAGAGCGCAAAACCGUUGGGGAAAACCCGCUGGCUUUUCAGUGGACACGUAUCAUCGAUUCACUGGGGAGUCCUCGUUCUGACGAGGCUUCGUUUGAGCAGAUGGAAAACGGUGAUGAUCUGGAAACAGGAAGAUUUGACCGGGAAGGAAACGGGAAUCUUGCAAAUUACGAGGAGGUAUGGCGAGACGUCACUGCGAAAGCCGAGUCUGAUGACUCUGCAUGGAUACUACAAAGCAUCGACGGUUCUAUGUUUCUGGGCAAAGUGGGCGACGUCUUCUUGGGAAUGCAACAGAGCGGGCAAGGGCAUUUCGCCGUAAGGAAAGAGAUCUACACCUCGGAGGCUGGUAAAUGGGAGGAUGUAUUUGAAGCUGGUCCUGUAAGUUGCAUCCCUCGAGCUAUGGAUGUGCUGCGCGAUCUUGGCCAGGGGAAAGGAAAGAUCGCAGAGAAAGGACAAACAGUCCGCGUCUGUCACAGUGAAUAUGUCGUUCGAGGUACUGCGCGAUAG